AUGGGAGUGGGUGCGGUCAUAGAACCGUUGGUUGUCAUUGUUCUUUUGUUUGGAGGCACUUGGAUUAACCGUUCUGUCGGAUCACCCACAACUCGGCGCUACAACCGACGGAGCUCGACCGAUCUGCGACGAGUUGCUUCAUCGGAUUCUUUGGAGUCGGGAUACUCGAGUCCAUCGACAAAGGAUGGACUGUUGCUCUCGAGAUCUCACUCACCGCUACAGGAAGCCGAAGAUGGAUGGCAUAAGCGAGAGGUUGGACUCUUGGGGCUAAAGUUUGAGGUAUCGUCGCCGAAUACCAUCGUAUUCCAAGACCGAUUGCUCAGUCGGUUGCUCCGAAAGUUUCCUUUCUUGGUGGAAUGCUGGUAUUGGGCUUUGGUUUAUUGGACAUACCAGCUGGGUCGUGCCUUUACCGCCGUCACCCUCAAAGACGAUACCGUCGAUGUCGCGAGGAGACAUGCGUUGCAAUUAAUCAAGAUCGAACAACAUCUGGGCAUGUUCUGGGAGACGUUAAUCCAGAGGCGCUUUCUCCGCCAUUCCCUUGUGAUGCCUUGGAUCAAUCGGAUAUACUCCUUCAUUCACAUUCCUGGAACAAUCGCGUUUCUCGUCUGGCUCUAUUACUACACCACCGUCCCUAUUCGGAUCGAUGAGACUCAACCUGGAAAACCCAAGGGUGCUGCGAGUAGAUCACCGGCGGGUCCUCUGCUAUAUCAAGCGCGACGACGGACUUUGGCCGUAUGUAACCUUCUCGCGUUCGUGGUGUUCACACUUUGGCCUUGUAUGCCACCACGGUUACUGAGUGACACGGCUGCGGAUGGUGAAGAGGCGGACCUAGCCCGCAGUUAUGGAUUUGUGGACACUGUACAUGGUGCCAAUGGAGCGAGUAGCGUCUGGACAGAGAACCGCUUCUGCAAUCAAUAUGCGGCAAUGCCUUCCUUGCACUUCGGCUACUCUUUAAUGAUCGGUCUCACGCUUAUAACAAUUCCCUUGCCACAGCAUCACCGGCGCACAAUCUUGCGCACUCGGCUGACUCGCACCUUUCGACUGAAUCUCCCGUCAUGGCGCCGCCUUGUUUGUAUCUUACUCGGCUUCCUGUAUCCGUUUACCAUCCUUGUGGCUAUCGUUGCCACGGCCAAUCAUUUUAUCUUGGACGCGGUUGCAGGGGCUCUUGUAUGUGCCUUGGGAUGGCAUUUCAAUGGAGUGUUGCUUAAUCUAUUGCCACUCGAAGACUAUUUUCUUUGCCUUGUCCGAAUUCACAAGCCCGAACCGUCCCUCAAUGUCCCCGGAGAGGAUCCCUCCCUGGCGAGGGUGCUUUGGAAUAUACUGGCAACUGAUUCUGCCCGCUUGUCAAAAUCCAGCUAUCCAUCAUAG